CAGGGAGGGACUUAGCUUUUCGGAGCUUGACCAGCAUGUGGAAGGAGUGCUCUCAUGGCUGCAAUAACUUAGGGAGCCCCUACCUGAGUGCCACUGGGGUAGGAAACUUUCUGUUUGUUUUGUGCUGUUUCCGAGGGUCCGGUGCACUUCCCUUGCCCAUAUCAACGUGACUCUUGGUGGUUUUUGCACACCCUGCUCUGUGGGGGAGUGCCCCAACGUGCCUGUCUUAUGUGGCCUCUAUGGACUCACUGCUCAGCUGGCAGAGAGCAGGGAAGUUUUCUCCCAGCACCCAAAAAGAGAAAGAGGAAACUACUUUUUUCUUUUGGGCUCCUGGCAGCACAAUAGAUCAGGAUAAGCUUCCACAUUCCCUCCCUGGAUUUCUGGAGUGGUUUCCAGGAAGAACUUAAAUCUUCACCUUUAAAUGGAUGACCAUGUCACAAUCAGGAAGAAGCAUCUCCAAAGACCCAUCUUUAGACUAAGAUGCUUAGUGAAGCAGCUGGAAAAAGGUGAUGUUAACGUCAUAGACUUAAAGAAGAAUAUUGAAUAUGCAGCAUCUGUGUUGGAAGCGGUUUAUAUCGACGAAACAAGAAGACUGCUGGACACCGAUGAUGAGCUCAGUGACAUUCAGUCAGACUCAGUCCCAUUGGAAGUCCGGGACUGGUUGGCUUCUACCUUUACACGGAAAAUGGGGAUGAUGAAAAAGAAAUCUGAGGAAAAACCAAAAUUUCGGAGCAUUGUGCAUGCUGUUCAAGCUGGAAUUUUUGUGGAAAGGAUGUACAGAAAGUCCUAUCACAUGGUUGGUUUGGCAUAUCCAGAGGCUGUCAUAAUAACAUUAAAGGAUGUUGAUAAAUGGUCUUUUGAUGUAUUUGCCUUAAAUGAAGCAAGUGGAGAACAUAGUUUGAAGUUUAUGAUUUAUGAACUGUUUACCAGAUACGAUCUUAUCAACCGUUUCAAGAUUCCUGUUUCUUGCCUCAUUGCCUUUGCAGAAGCUUUAGAAGUUGGUUACAGCAAGUACAAAAAUCCUUAUCACAAUCUGAUUCACGCAGCUGAUGUCACUCAAACUGUGCAUUACAUAAUGCUUCAUACAGGUAUCAUGCACUGGCUCACUGAACUGGAAAUUUUAGCAAUGGUCUUUGCUGCUGCCAUUCAUGAUUACGAGCAUACAGGCACUACAAACAACUUUCAUAUUCAGACAAGGUCAGAUGUUGCCAUUUUAUAUAACGAUCGAUCUGUCCUUGAGAAUCACCAUGUGAGUGCAGCUUAUCGACUUAUGCAAGAAGAAGAAAUGAAUGUCUUGAUAAAUUUAUCCAAAGAUGACUGGAGGGAUCUUCGGAACCUAGUAAUUGAAAUGGUUUUGUCUACAGACAUGUCGAGUCACUUCCAGCAAAUUAAAAAUAUAAGAAACAGUUUGCAGCAGCCUGAAGGGAUCGACAGAGCCAAAACCAUGUCCCUGAUCCUCCAUGCAGCAGACAUCAGCCAUCCAGCCAAAUGCUGGCAGCUGCACCACCGGUGGACCAUGGCCCUGAUGGAGGAGUUUUUCCGACAGGGAGACAAAGAAGCUGAAUUAGGGCUUCCAUUUUCCCCACUUUGUGAUCGGAAGUCAACCAUCGUGGCCCAGUCACAAAUAGGUUUUAUUGAUUUCAUAGUAGAGCCAACAUUUUCUCUUCUGACAGACUCAACAGAGAAAAUUAUCAUUCCUCUUAUAGAGGAAGACUCAAAAACUGAAAAUUCUUCCUAUGGGGCACACAGACGAUCAAAUGUGAAAGGCACCAUGAACGAUGGAACCUAUUCCCCAGACUACUCCCUUGCAAGUGUGGACCUGAAGAGCUUCAAAAACAACCUGGUGGACAUCAUCCAGCAGAACAAGGAGAGAUGGAAAGAGUUAGCUGCACAAGGUGAACCUGACCUUCAUAAGAACUCAGAAGAUCGAGUAAAUGCUGAAGAAAAACAUGCUGAUACACAUUCAUAGGUUUGAAACAUCAUAAGGGCUUCUGUCAUUUUAAACAUGAGAGGAUAAAGAGAACAGUACUAAAACAUCCUAAAUCCUCAACUUUCCACAAAGUUAUACUCUCGUCUUUCAACACAUGCUUGGUUCAGGCCAUUUUUUUAUGGACUCCGAAAUAAGGAAUUCAUAAGAAGAACAUAAAUUCUGAGGUAGUAACUCUGGCCAAGUAGAACACUCAUAGUUGCUAUCAGAGAUUUUGGCCAGUGCUUCUGUCAUCAUUUUUCCUCCACAAUUGGGCCUUCUUCAAUCAAGCCUGAGAAAAUUUGAAGAUGAAAGUUGGACAGUUUUAAAUUGUCAUCACUUUGAACCCAGUGCAGAAGAUGAGGUAUUUUUAAAAUUUACUCUCUUCCACUGUUUUACAGAAUGCUGUAACUACCAUAUUUUAAGGUCUUAAGGAAAAGGAAAGCAAAAAAUAAAUUAUGGAAAAGUAUUUUGUACGGAGGAGCAGGCCAUUUAGAUUGUCCUUGUUGUUUUAAAUACAUGGAAACAAACUGAGAGGCAGGGCUGUUUGGAAGCUGGAGUUGACGUCAUAUGACAACAAUGAAGCUUUGUAGCCCUGGCCCUGGGAUCUGAUGGACAUGUCGUCGUAACUCUAAAGCUGGGAACCCACAGUGAAACCUGUCCCUGAGACUAGUGAACCAGCCUGCCUCCGUCCCUGUGGCUUCAAAGUACUAAUGCUUCACCUCCAUGGGCUUCAUCACAAUGCAAGUCACACGUUACCUGCAAUCCAAGAUGAUGAUAACCUUCAGCCAUUGUUGGAUACAAAUGCUAGAACUGAGAAUGGAAUUUGCCUUCUGGGGUGUUGAUCAUAUAUUACAGGCCAAGUGAUAGGACAAGAUGUGUGUGUGUGUGUGUGUGUGUGUGUGUGUAUGCUUGUGUAUGUGUGUGUGUAUCUGUGCGUGCUUGUGCGUGUAUUCAAAACUAUCUAUGAGAAAGGAAGCUCAUACUUUUCUGUACAGAUAACCUUAUUUGACAUGGCUUUAUGUUUUACUACACAGAAACAAACUGCCACCCUUGGAGACUCUGCUUCCUUGUCAUGUUUUGCCUGAGCAUGUGCAGAGCUUUUCCUUUGUUCCAAACUGAAGACCUACCUUUAUUCAUCAUUAGCUGACAAAAAACGUCAAGCACAAUUAGGUGUUGUAACUUUUCACUGUGUAAACACUUCAGUGAUUGUGAGACUAAGUGAAUUUGUUUCUGUGAAAGGUAGAAAUUGGAUGGAAAAAAAUCAAGAGUAGCCAGCAAUUAAAGAAUAACAUAAAGGGAGGGUAUGUCUGUCCUAAAAAGCUUUCUGCUUCUUUCCUGGGUUCCACAAUGCUAAGCAAUAUUUUAGAAAUGGAUACAACCAGAAGCUUUUAAGCCUAAGGAGUGUGAUUUUAUAACUCACAACUUAGAUGUCUUUUAAUGUGCAAGCCAUAUUCUAUAUGCAUAUUAGGUAUGCAUCAUUCUAAUUUAAGAUAUAUUUGUGCAUAGACUCUGUAAAAAGUGCUUUGAAAAGUUCUGUGAAUAGGUCCUUAGCUUCUGUCACCUGAAUCUUGCAUAGAACAUAGCUAAAUAAUUGAAUUGUAUCAUAGACAUUAUAAUGCAAUUGCUAUUUUAAAUGUAAGCAGUAAAGAUUGAUCUUUAAUGAUGGGCUGGGGGGAAAUUUAUAGAUAUGUACAUCAUGGUGACUUUUUGUCCUUUAAAAAAAGGUCUUUUUAUUUCUAUUUAUGGAGAAACUAUAAGUAUUGCUUUUAAUGUCUUUUGUAAGUAGCUAUUUACCGCUAGAAAAUAUUCUGCAUUUAAAAUAGAAUCUGACUCUGAAAAGUCUAAUAACUUUUGUUCCUAUUUGAGCCAGUUGUUUCUUGGAAAGCUUUCUGCUUCUUUCCUAGAAUCUCUAGAGGGAGAAACACAAUGAAACACAGCUUCUCAAUUGUCACAGGAAACAUGCCCACUUCGUUUUUUUAUUAAUACUUCAAGACCUAUAGACAUUGUUAUUAAAAAAUAGAUGAAUAUAAUGAAUUUAUUAAUUUCUGUAUGUGGGCUUUGACCUAACUUUCCAGGUUAUAUGACGUAUGGAGGACUGUCCCUGAAUUCUAGAGGGCGUAGAGCAAGCAUGCCCCAUUUCCUCAGAAGGAGAUGCACUUUUUCUUUUCCAAUCGCCAUCCCUUUCUCCCUCUCUUCCCUCGCCUCCCUACUUCUUUCCUUUUCAUUUCUCUAUUUCUCCCUUCCUUCUCUGCUCACUAGUGCUGAUGAGAGAGGAAGCCUGAGCAGAGGUUACAGUGCCCAUCCCUUCUGCAAACAUCAGAGUUAAGUUCAUCAUGAAGAAAAGGAGUGAUGCGUUAGCUGGGCUGCUGCACCUUGAAUGCCCUGCUUUGCAUUUUUAUCCUAAGCUACCUAAUAUAUAGCUAACAUUUCCACAUACCUUUUCAUUUAACCAGUACCUCUUAAUUUUUAACACUGACAAGCUACAAUUCUUGUGUUUUUAUUCUACUGUAAUUCUCAGUAUUUCUUAUUACAUAUAAUAGUUAAAUAAAUUGUACUUGAGGGAACAUAUUGUGAAGUGUUUGGUGUCUGGCGUAAUUCACUUUGGUGGGGCAUUGAAAAGUUGGAGAAAUCAGGGAAAACCAGAGAUACACCAACUUAAAAACUGAUGUGAGUCCUGUCAGAAAGUGAUUUUUGCUCUAUUAAAGACAUAGUCAUUGAACAUUUA